CUUUGGGAUUCUUGAGCCUGGAUGGAGCAGGACCUUCCUGCCUCUCCUUAGUCGCGCAUUCGCGCUGGGUGGAACAAGUGGUCCAAGUAAAAUGAGGGGCGGGGUUUGGCGGCGCUCUAGCUCGCGGAGAGCACACGCUCUCCCCACGCGGGGUCCCUGAUUGGCUGAAGGUUGCGCCGGCAAGCGCAACUUCCGGGACAGAGGGCUGUGGCUGGAAGGAGCAGGGCAUCCGGCCUGAGGCGCAGCGGUCGUGUUAGUUCGGCCCAAUGGCGGCACCACUGCUUCACACGCGGUUGCUGGGAGAUGCGGCUGCUUCGGCCUCUGCAGUCAAGACGCUGGGCGCGUCGAGGACUGGGAUUUCAAAUAUGCGUGCAUUAGAGAAUGAUUUUUUCAAUUCUCCCCCAAGAAAAACUGUUCGGUUUGGUGGAACUGUGACAGAAGUCUUGCUAAAGUAUAAAAAGGGUGAAACAAAUGACUUCGAGUUGUUGAAGAACCAGCUGUUAGAUCCAGACAUAAAGGAUGACCAGAUCAUCAACUGGCUGCUGGAAUUCCGUUCUUCUAUCAUGUACUUGACAAAAGACUUUGAGCAGCUUAUCAGUAUUAUAUUGAGAUUGCCUUGGUUGAAUAGAAGUCAAACAGUAGUGGAAGAGUAUUUGGCUUUUCUUGGUAAUCUUGUAUCAGCACAGACUGUUUUCCUCAGACCAUGUCUCAGCAUGAUUGCUUCCCAUUUUGUGCCUCCUCGAGCGAUCAUUAAGGAAGGUGAUGUAGAUGUUUCAGAUUCUGAGGAUGAAGAUGAUAAUCUUCCUGCAAAUUUUGACACAUGUCACAGAGCCUUGCAAAUAAUAGCAAGAUAUGUCCCAUCGACACCGUGGUUUCUUAUGCCGAUACUGGUGGAAAAAUUUCCAUUUGUUCGAAAAUCAGAGAGAACACUGGAAUGUUACGUUCAUAACUUACUAAGGAUUAGUGUGUAUUUUCCAACCUUGAGGCAUGAAAUUUUGGAGCUUAUUAUUGAAAAGCUACUCAAAUUGGAUGUGAAUGCAUCCCGGCAGGAUAUUGAAGACGCUGAAGAAACAGCAGCUCAAACUUGUGGUGGGACAGAUUCCACAGAAGGAUUGUUUAAUAUGGAUGAAGAUGAAGAAACUGAACAUGACACAAAGGCUGGUCCUGCACGGCUCGACCAGAUGGUGCAUCCUGUAGCCGAGCGCCUGGACAUCCUGAUGUCUUUGGUUUUGUCCUACAUGAAGGAUGUCUGCUAUGUAGAUGGUAAGGUUGAUAACAGCAAAACAAAGGAUCUGUAUCGCGACCUGAUAAACAUCUUUGACAAACUCCUGUUGCCCACCCAUGCCUCCUGCCAUGUGCAGUUUUUCAUGUUUUACCUCUGUAGUUUCAAAUUGGGAUUCGCAGAGGCAUUUUUGGAACAUCUCUGGAAAAAAUUGCAGGAUCCAAGUAAUCCUGCCAUCAUCAGGCAGGCUGCUGGAAAUUAUAUUGGAAGCUUUUUGGCAAGAGCUAAAUUUAUUCCUCUUAUUACUGUAAAAUCGUGCCUAGAUCUUUUGGUGAACUGGCUGCACAUAUACCUUAAUAACCAGGAUUCGGGAACAAAGGCAUUCUGCGAUGUUGCUCUCCACGGACCAUUUUACUCAGCCUGCCAAGCUGUGUUCUACACCUUUGUUUUUAGACACAAGCAGCUUUUGAGCGGAAACCUGAAAGAAGGUUUGCGGUAUCUUCAGAGUCUGAAUUUUGAGCGGAUAGUGAUGAGCCAGCUAAAUCCCCUGAAGGUUUGCCUGCCCUCAGUGGUUAACUUUUUUGCUGCAAUCACAAAUAAGUACCAGCUCGUCUUCUGCUACACCAUCAUUGAGAGGAACAAUCGCCAGAUGCUGCCAGUCAUUAGAAGUACCGCUGGAGGAGACUCGGUGCAGACCUGCACAAACCCACUGGACACCUUCUUCCCCUUUGAUCCCUGUGUGCUGAAGAGGUCAAAGAAAUUCAUUGAUCCUAUUUAUCAGAUAUGGGAAGACAUGAGUGCUGAAGAGCUACAGGAAUUCAAGAAACCCAUGAAAAAGGAAAUAGUGGAAGAUGAAGAUGAUGACUUUCUGAAAGGUGAAGUGCCCCAGAAUGAUACCGUGAUUGGGAUCACACCGAGCUCCUUCGAUGCACAUUUCCGAAGUCCUUCAAGUAGUGUGGGCUCCCCACCCAUGUUGUACAUGCAACCCAGUCCCCUCUGACCACAGAGAUUUGUGACUGAGAUGUGACAUUUGGGAUUCCCCAUCACCCAUCAUGCCCUCAGCACCCAGCUCGUGCCAUUGGGCAUUGAUGGCAUUGAACUAGAACGAGUGCCUGCCUCGGCUAUGGCACUGCCAGGUUAGACGGAGUCAGGCAUCUGAAGACUAGGUGGGUUUUUUUUUGUUCCCCUUACAGACAAAAUGAAAAGACUGACUGUCAUGUGCAAUAUUUUACAGUGGGGUUGAUGAUACAUUUGGAAGGAUUUGCUUGUUUAAUAUGUACAUUUUUUGUGUUAACAGCUUUUUGACACAGUUACCGGGUAAUUUCUAAAAUAGGCAGCAGACUGUUUUUACGGGUCGCUGUUCUGACAUGGGGUUUUGUCAGGUCCGUGGUCCUGGGAUUUUGCUGAUCAGCUUUCAGUGAAGAAUCCUCUAGGAUAAAACUCCUAUUUAAAGACUUUAACUAGAAAGUGUUUAUUUUGGCUAUAUUGUUCACCUUCUGCUGUAUUGGCAUUUGUCUGUUGGGAUUUCAAGGGAGUGUAGAGAAGAUAGAAGGAAAGCCGAGAGCUGGCACGACGUGGUCUGAGACACAGCAUUGGAGCUGGCACUGAAGGAGAUCUCCAGGGACUUCAGAGACCAAUAAAAGCCCAUAGGGAAGAGAGAGAUGAUUUAGGGAAACAGAAUCAGACGUGUAAUAUCCUUGGCACAGCGAAAAAAUGGAUUUAAAAGACAAAAAAUGGAGGUCCAGGUAGAUGUAAUUCACAUGGACUGAAAGUGAGCCUGGGCUUGUGUAAAACACACGAGAUUGUAUUUGACCCCUUGGCUCUCAAGCGUCCCGUUAGAUCUAGAAAUGCUCCUUGGUAGCCAUUAGAUCGAGUCGGUUUUGAUCUGCAUCAGUUGGUUAUUGAGAUUUCUUUGUUCAAACAGGAACGUUUGUUUAGAUUAUUUGGUGUUACGGUUUUGCUCACAACAGUAGGUGGAAGUUCCUAGUGCGUUGUUCAUCUGAUGGCUGGGCGUAUCGUAGAUUCGGCCUGGUGAAAUCCUUCUCAAAGCCUCUUUUUGUAUUUUUAUGACUAAACAGAGGAAGUCUUCAGAAGACCUCGCUUUAUAACAAAUUUGUGCAAAACACUGCUAGAGUCAUUUUGAAGCUCAAGCAUUUUCACUUUGUUUCUUACAUGUGUAUUUUUGUUUACUGGUGAAAAUGGCCAUCUUUAAGCAUAUUUAUUUUCUGCCACUUCUAUUUAUUUAAAGGCAAGCAAUAUUUUCUUGAUCAUAUUUUGUAAUGAAAUACUUCCUGUUUCCCAGGGCUUUGUAUGUACUUGUAUAAUUACAUUGAGGGAAAUGUAGAGUUUGAAUUUCAGUCUGUAAAUACUUUUUUGGAAAAUAGAAAUUUUUAUUGCUUUAAAGUUUUGGAUAUGGGUGGUUUUCUUUUCGGGUCUUGGUAGAAAGUCAUUUGAGAACGUUAAGGUUCUCUUUUUAACUGCUGGUAAAAUGUGGAUUUUUGUAUGUUAGAUAAAAUGAGUAAAUGAAAAUCCCCAGAAAUUAAUAGUAAGUGGGGUCUUUGUGGGUUGGGAAGUAGUUUUAAUGUAGAAAGACAUUUACAGAUAAGUCUGUUUAAUUUCAAAGGAGUUUGUGAAAAAAAAUCCAUGGUGAAAAUAAUGACAUGGUUAAUCUGGAACUCCCAUUCUUAUACCAAUAAAAGGAGGUACCUCAAUACAUGUUCUUUCAA